AGGGCCGCCGGGACGGGUCUCCCUGGCGAUCCGUGUGCUGUUGCUGCUGUCUCUGCUGCUGCUGCCACCUCCGGACUAUUGCCACGGCGAUACUUGUGUCCUUGCUCUCUUUCUCGGGCUCCCCGGGGCUUGACCCCCGGGGUCCUCGGCAGGCGUCGGUGAGAAGCCUGCAAAGUGAACUUGAGCUUCUGCACUCGCCCUUCCCGACCCCAUAUCGCGACUUCGAGGAGGGGAGUUAGAGGGGUGGUCGCGACUCCGCGCCGUGUGUCACCGGGCGGGGCCGCGGGGCCGGGGCUCCUCCAGUACCCGGGAUGCGCGCGCGAGCCCUCGUCUCCACUUCCUUGUUGCCGCUGUCACGACUGGAGCCGCCUCUCUCCGACAGCGGGGAGCGCGAGUGCGCGGGCAAGCCUCCUCGUCUAGCCCCUGGGCCAGGCGCCUCCGGGAAUGUGAGCCGCGCGGCCAGCACGCUCCUCGGGCCAUGGAUGCAUCAUAUGAUGGUACUGAGGUAACUGUCGUGAUGGAGGAAAUUGAGGAAGCCUACUGUUAUACCUCUCCUGGGCCACCUAAGAAGAAGAAAAAGUAUAAAAUACAUGGAGAAAAGGCCAAGAAACCCAGGUCUGCUUACCUUCUAUACUACUAUGACAUCUACCUGAAAGUGCAGCAGGAGCUCCCUCACCUGCCCCAGUCUGAGAUCAAUAAGAAGAUUAGUGAGAGUUGGAGACUUCUCAGCGUGGCUGAGAGGAGUUACUACUUGGAGAAAGCCAAACUAGAGAAAGAAGGUUUGGAUCCUAAUUCUAAGCUGUCUGCACUGACUGCUGUGGUUCCGGACAUCCCAGGUUUCCGCAAGAUCCUCCCCCGCUCAGAUUAUAUCAUCAUCCCCAAGAGCAGCCUGCAGGAGGACCGGAGCUGCCCUCAGCUAGAGCUAUGUGUGGCUCCGAACCAGAUGUCCCCGAAAGGACCUCCUCUUGUGUCUAGCACUGCCCCGGAGACAAUGCCCAGCCAUGCUGGCAUGGCAGAGCAAUGCCUGGCUAUGGAGGCCCUGACUGAGGAGGUGGGAACCCUUGCUCAUCCAGGUGCUGUACAAGAGAUUGCCACCUCAGAAAUACUCAGCCAGGAUGUACUUUUGGAGGAGGCUUCCUUAGAAGUAGGGGAGAACCACCAGCCUUACCAGACAAGCCUGGUAAUUGAAGAGACCUUAGUGAAUGGUUCAUCAGACCUCCCCACUGGAAGCCUGGCUGUGCCCCACUCGCAGGUGGGGGAGAGUGUUUCAGUGGUGACAGUCAUGAGGGACUCCAGUGAGAGUAGCUCCUCUGCACCAGCCACACAGUACAUCAUGUUGCCUCUGCCUGCCUACUCAGUUAUGGAGAAUCCCACCUCUAUCAAACUGACCACUACAUACACUCGCCGAGGCCAUGGGACAUGCACCAGCCCAGGUUGCUCCUUUACAUACGUCACUAGGCACAAACCACCUAAGUGCCCCACUUGUGGUAACUUCCUAGGAGGAAAGUGGAUCCCAAAGGAAAAGCCAGCCAAAGUCAAAGUAGAAUUGGCUUCAGGUGUCUCUUCCAGAAGUUCUUUGGUUAAAAGAAAUCAGCAUCCUGUCAUCACUGAGCAAAAUUCCUCUAAGGAAAAUGCCUCCAAACUGACUCUGGAGAACUCAGAGGCUGUAAGCCAGCUCUUAAAUGUAGCUCCUCCAAGAGAAGUGAGUGAGGAGAAUGAGUGGGAGGAAGUGAUCAUCUCCGAUGCCCAUUUUUUGGUCAAGGAAACUCCUGGUAGUUGUGGUACCGCUGUCACUAAGAUACCAGUUGUCAAGAGUGGUGUGCAACCUGAGGUCCUUCUGGGGACAACUGAGUGUGACAUUCCUGGAUCAGACAUACCACUAUCAGCUGAGGGAACCAGCACCUCCAGUCUGCUCGCUGCUCCUAAGAAAUCUGCAGGAGUUGACCCGCUUACUACUGGACCCAGAGCCCCAGAACUUAAAGGCAGAGCACGGGGAAAGCCCUCAUUAUUGGCUGCAGCAAGACCCAUGAGAGCAAUUCUGCCAGCCCCAGCUAAUGUAGGACGAGGCAGCAGCAUAGGACUGCCCAGGGCCAGGCAGGCCUUUCCCUUGAGUGAUAAGUCUCCUUCUGUGAGGACUUGUGGCCUGAAACCAAGCACACUGAAGCAGCUGGGCCAGCCCAUCCAGCAGCCAUCUAGCACCGGUGAGGUGAAGAUACCAGGUGGCCCUAACAACAGGACGACACCUCAGGUGAAAGUUGUAGAGGUCAAGCCCGAUAUGUUUCCUCCGUAUAAGUACAGCUGCACUGUCACACUGGAGGCAAGCUCACCACUGUCAGAUGGGCUGAGUGCCACAGAACCCCUGAGUGCAGCACAGAGGGAGAUCCAGCGCCAGUCCACACUGCAGCUCCUACGCAAAGUCCUGCAGAUUCCUGAGAAUGAGUCAGAGCUGGCUGAGGUCUUUGCCUUGAUUCAUGAACUCAAUAGCUCUCGACUUAUCUUGUCCAAUGUGAAUGAGGAAACAGUCACCAUCGAACAGACCUCUUGGUCGAAUUAUUAUGAGUCUCCAUCCACGCAGUGCCUUCUCUGUAGCAGCCCAUUAUUCAAAGGGGGACAGAACUCCCUGGCUGGGCCCCAGGAGUGCUGGCUUCUGACAGCUAACCGACUGCAGGUGGUAACUGCUCAGGUGAAGAUGUGUCUGAACCCUCAUUGUCUGGCCCUGCACAGCUUCAUGGACAUCUAUACAGGUCUCUUUAAUGUGGGAAACAAGCUGCUAGUAAGCUUGGAUUUACUUUUUGCAAUCCGAAACCAGAUCAAGUUGGGAGAGGACCCCAGAGUAUCUGUCAGUGUUGUGCUGAAGUCAGUGCAGGAGCAGACAGAGAAGACUCUGACCUCAGAAGAACUGAGCCAGCUUCAGGAGCUACUAUGCAAUGGUUAUUGGGCUUUUGAGUGCCUCACUGUCCGAGACUACAAUGAUAUGAUCUGUGGUAUCUGUGGUGUGGCCCCCAAAGUGGAAAUGGCUCAGAGGAGUGAAGAGAAUGUGCUGGCCUUAAAAAGUGUGGAGUUCACCUGGCCUGAAUUCUUGGGUUCCAGUGAGGUAAAUGUGGAGGACUUCUGGGCCACAAUGGAGACAGAGAUGAUUGAGCAGGUGGCGUUCCCUGCCAGCAUCCCUAUAACCAAGUUCGAUGCCUCUGUUAUUGCCCCCUUCUUCCCACCACUCAUGAGAGGAGCUAUGGUCAUCAACACUGAGAAAGACAAAAACCUGGAUGCGAAACCAGUACCUGGCAAUGGCAGUGCCUUGGUGAGGCUGCUCCAGGAGGGCACCUGCAAGCUUGAGGAGAUUGGCUCCUACAGUGAGAAGGAGCUCCGGCAUCUGCUGAGGCAAUGUGACAUCCCCUUUAGGGCAGAAGACUCCAGGGAUCAGCUCUGCUUCUCCUUACUGGCUCUCUAUGAAUCUGUACAGAAUGGAGCCAGAGUUAGACAGCCCCCACCUCAUUUCACAGGGGGUAAGAUCUACAAAAUGUGCCCCCAUCAGGUGGUCUGCGGCUCCAAGUAUCUUGUUCGAGGCGAGAGUGCCCGUGACCACGUGGAUCUGCUUGCCUCUUCCCGCCACUGGCCGCCUAUCUAUGUGGUAGAUAUGGCCACACCAGUGGCCCUGUGUGCUGAUCUUUGCUACCCAGAGCUGACCAACCAGAUGUGGGGGAAGAACCAGGGUUGUUUCUCCAGCCCCACAGAGCCGCCUAUGAGUGUGUCCUGCCCUGAGCUCUUGGACCAGCAUUAUUCUGUGGAUAUGACAGAGACUGAGCACUCCGUCCAGCACCCAGUCACUAAGACUGCCACACGGCGCAUCGUCCAUGCAGGCACACAGGCCAAUCCUGGUGACCCCAGCUCUGGGCACCACUCCUUGUCCCUGUGCCCUGAGUUGGCACCAUACGCAACCGUCCUGGCCUCCAUCGUGAACAGCAAACCAAACAGUGUCCGCCAGCGGCCCAUUGCCUUUGACAAUGCCACCCACUAUUACCUCUACAACCGCCUCAUGGACUUCCUCACCAGCCGUGACAUUGUCAACCGGCAGAUCCACGACAUUGUGCAGAGCUGCCAGCCUGGCGAGGUGGUCAUUCGAGACAACCUCUACCGCCUUGGGGUUGCUCAAAUCAAGACAGAGACAGAGGAGGAGGGUGAGGAAGAAGAGGUUGCCACAGUGGCAGAAUAAGCCAGGCUGUUGUACAGGGAUUGCACCAUCUCUCUCAAGCCAUAGUAUGGCCCUUGCCCAAGGCAGAUCUCUCCAGGGGACCUGCAGAAGUAGUCACCUGUGGGAAGGGCCUCUUGACUGCUGGGACUGACCAAAGAGCUUCCAUUUCCUGAGCAUGGUGGGGCCCCGGGUUCUUGCUUCUUAAUCCUUGGGGGCUGAGGGGAGUUGCCAAGAAACCUCUCAUGGGCCCUGAGAGAGCACUUGGGGGACAUAGUGUGUUUAAGGUAGAGGAGAGAGGCUGAGGGAAAGGCUGGUAGCGGUUCCCUGGGGCCUGCUGCAGGUUGGGGUGGAAGCCUGGCGGGGCUGAGGCAGGAGCCCUUGCACUAGGUGGGGCAGCUUCUGAGGUGUAUCUCCCUCUCUCCCCUGGGAUGAGCCCUAUGACCACAUGAGCUCCUUAGCCUAUUGCCUUGACUAGGGGCCUUGGUGUCCUCAUUCAUGCUAGGGGUCCCUUUGGGUUCUUGAUUCUCCCCAAAGGAGGGAUGCAUUUUUCUCCGACUCUUCCUGUACCCACAUCUGGGGGAAGCUGAGGAGGGAGGAACAGUCAGCCACAGCUCUCUUCCAGGACUGUUCUCUGCCCUGAGCUUUGGGGAAGAGAAUCCCCUUCCUCCUUUCCCUGGCCACUACUGCUGCACCCUACAUCCUGUCUGGGCCCUGGGACCCUCACCACAGAGGGGAUGUGGCCCAUGGUUGUGACAUAACCUGGCAGCAGUAGGAAAACUCCCUUCUGUGAAGGGGAAGCAGACUGGGCCAUAUGGAAACAGCGGGACUGGCUCAAGUGCCCACAGUUUGCUUAGGGCCCGGGAAUUGGCCAAGUAUUUAAUUUAUUGAGAGGAAUGGAGUAGGUGGCUUUUCCCCCCUCUCUUCCCCCAACAAGAAUAAAGUUUAUUAAAUUAUCUGGUUUUGAUGAAGCAAGAGACAGUCCUAUGCUCAUUGUAUGGGGUACAUUGUGAUGGAGCUCAUGAGGUGCUAAGCUUGUCACUUCACAUGAACAAGGAAUGGAAGGAGGUCUUGGGGAAUUUGCAGACACUUGGGUGGCGCAAAGAACCAGAGGUCAGCUGCGUUAAUGCUGUUAGUUUAAUGUUGAUGGGGACGUCCACAGUGUCGACUGUUAGUUAUGGUGAGUCAGCUUGGGGAGUGCAAUGCUUCUUGCUUGGUGCGGCCUGCCACACGCGAAGGUCCCCUGCCUUCCAACCCACGAUGGGCAGAACACCCCUCCCAUAGCUGCCACUUGGCUCAUUAUAGCAGUACCAGAUCCAGGGUGGGGUGGGGCUGUGGAGUGAGGAAGGCUGUAGGGACUAGAAGGUCCGGUUACACUGUGGUCUGUGAGCACCCAUCCACUCCUGCUGCUCCACUCGGUCAGAGCCAUCCUGCCACUUGCUGGGCUGGGGUGCUCAGUCCUGAGGAGCCUUGUUUCCUCAAUAUCAGGGUAACUCCUGGGAACUUCAUAGACAUAAAAUCAGUCCAUUUCUAUAGAGCCGAGGGGAUCAGGGAAGGGAGGGGCUCUUAGAAAUGGGAACAAGGUUAAGAGGGGGAGCUGGGGUUCUCCCAGUUGGCGUAGCAAAUGUGAGGCCAACAAUGUGAGAACAGUGGAGGGUGGGCAAGGGAAGGGGGCUCAGCCCCCAGCCCCUUCCUGGCAGUGGUGGCCCAGGCUCUGGCAUGGGGUCCUCUCAGACCUCCCCAGGAUCUCUCACGUCCCCAAGUUUCAGAGCUGGGCCGAGCUGUUGAGUGAAGUGACCACGGGUAGAGUUUGUAGGUUCUCCCUACAUCAUCCUGUCCUGUAGGAGGGGCAGGCAGGACUCAGUCAGCCGCCUCAGCAGAACUGGUAGUUGUUGGGCUGCAGCAGAGGCUGGGCGCUCUCCCCUGGCUCACAGCAGGCCAGGUGCUCACUAGAACUCUCUUCCUCCGGCUCGCUGUUGCUGCUGCUGCUGCUGCUGCUGCCACCACUGCUGCUGCUGCUUGGCAGAUUGGCAUAAUCCUGAGAGUGGAGAAG